GGGCGGAGACGGACGUUGCCAGAAUAUCUCCCUGUUAACUGUCCGUGUUUCUUUUUUUUCUCUUUUUUUCUGUGUUUGCGUGUGUGUGUGCCCACGUCAAUGAACUGACCAUUAGGAUAACCACAAAGCAUAGUUCCCCCGGUGCUAUGAAGGCGUGGACUCCCAUUUGAAACGUGAAAAGUGAAAAAUAACGUGGCCUUUGACUCGCGACUGGAAGAGUGACUGUUGCUGUGCCCCGCCCACCUGCUGCUGCUGCUGUGGUGCCAGUGUGCGGUGCCUGUGGAGUGUGGUGCAUGGUGGAGGCGCAGAGCGAGGGAGGGGCGCGGCGCUGCUCUCCCGGGUAGAAAGCUGCUGAAGGAGAUGCCAUGUGCAGCCAGCCACCCCACCUUCUCUCUCUCUCUCUCUCUCUCUCUCUCUCUCUCUCUCUCUCUCUCUCUCUCUCUCUCUCUCUCUCUCUCUCUCUCUCUCUAUACGCAUAUUCCUCUCCCAGACCUUCAUCUCCUCCCCCUCCUCCCCUCCUCCAUUGCUCCAUCCACACUGGCCCUACCACGACCCUCCACCGACCACCAGGAGGGAACAUGAGUCGUCCAGGUCGUCUUAACAAGGCGCUGAGUUGACGUGAGUGGGCAGAGGAAGAAGAAGUAGAAGAAGAGGAAGAGGAAGAAGAGGAAGAGGAGGAGAGGGAAGGAAGAUCUGAGCUGCGGAUAAGCAACAAGCUACACAUGCAGGAGACAGUGGCUGAGGCAUUUGUGAGGUGCUUCCAAUUGACACCAGAUGAGGUAGCCACCAUCAAGGGGUCCACCAGAGAGUCUCCCAUCACCCCAGAGUUCUUUACCAUCCUGGACAAGACACAGAAGAUACGCAGCAACACCAAGUACCUCCUGCAGACGGGCCACCAAAACACUGCCUCGGACAUGGCGGAGCAAAUGAACGUGUGCCGUGAAGCAGGUCUGGAGAGGCUGUACCGCUGGUGUCAGGGGCAGUGUUGCUCCCCAGACCCCUCACCUUUGCUCACACAAGCCUUAGCAGCUCUGCAGGAGAGACCAGUGCUUUUCAACCUGGUGGUGGAGGAGUGGAUGGUGGUGGUGAGAUGAGGAUGGCUGGUGAGGGGCUUCCUGGAUGCUCUCACCAUAGGAGGACCUGGAGGAGCACCACGACCCAUACAGCUGCAGGCACAUGACCCCCCCCCUGCACUACGUGGGGGACAUGCUGGCAUGGGUGCAUCAGCCCCUCCCUUCUGAACGUGAGGCGGCCCAAUCACUUUUUGCCAAGUACUCCAAUCUAGACCCAACAGAGCAGACAAGGAGUACUGUGGCUAGCAUAUCGGAGAGUGUUUGCCAUCCUCCUAGAACCAGAAUUGAGCAGACGAUUGUGACAGACCAGCGUCGGGAGGGAGGCAAGAAACCCGUCAUGUUGUACAAGAUAAGCAACCUCCUCAGAUUCUAUCACAACACUGUUUUGCAGGUGACUGAUGCAGGACUGCUGGUGGCCACUCUUGAUGAACUCCACCAGCUAAGCUACAAGAUGUUUUUAUAUCAGCACUGCAGAGUCAAGUGAACCAUGUGAGUGAGAGGAUAGAGCCGCCAGGAGAGACACUGGCACCCACACCUGGAGUGGCACGCACCCUGAGUCUGCUCACUGAGGUGGUUACUGCCGCCACUGUGGCUGACGACGCACACCAUGAUUGUAAGCAGAUUGUGAGUUGUGUGGUGGAUCCUCUGAUGAAUGCGAUAAGUGAGAGUGCAACUGGACUGGGUGCAGUGGAGUCUGCUGUGUAUCUGCUCAACUGCUUCCACCAGCUGCACACCACUGGGGAUAAACUAGAGAUGAUCCAGGGACAGAUUGACGCCCAGCUGGACACACUGAGCCAGGAGCAGAUCAAUGGGGUGUGUGUGUCAUAGCAUGGGAGUGGCCACCAUGUACCCACUGAUCACCAACCUUCCCACCACACCUCUCUCCCAGCACCCAUCGUGUCAGCCUUUGGCCAUACAGGCAUUCAUGACCAAGCUGGAUGGGUUCCUGGCUGCCCCUGACCAUCUCAUGCUGCCCCACACCAGGCUGCUGCUCUCCUCUUCCUUCAGACGGUCCCUGCAACAGCGCACAGCAGAGGCAGUGUGCACAGUUUACAAGCAGCUGCAUGAUAUAGUCCAUAACCCAACCCAUGGCUACACAGACCCCAGUUCCCUCCUGCCCAGUGACCCUGAGACUGUGAAAACCCUCCUCUCCUAGCAGGAAUGCUCUUGUCUGGGUCACUGUCGUUGAUUUGUUGAAGGUUUUGUCCUGUGAGUGACCCUGAGACUGUGAAAACCCUCCUCUCCUAGCAGGAAUGCUCUUGUCUGGGUCACUGUCGUUGAUUUGUUGAAGGUUUUGUCCUGUGAGUGACCCUGAGACUGUGAAAACCCUCCUCUCCUAGCAGGAAUGCUCUUGUCUGGGUCACUGUCGUUGAUUUGUUGAAGGUUUUGUCCUGUGAGUGACCCUGAGACUGUGAAAACCCUCCUCUCCUAGCAGGAAUGCUCUUGUCUGGGUCACUGUCGUUGAUUUGUUGAAGGUUUUGUCCUGUGAGUGACCCUGAGACUGUGAAAACCCUCCUCUCCUAGCAGGAAUGCUCUUGUCUGGGUCACUGUCGUUGAUUUGUUGAAGGUUUUGUCCUGUGAGUGACCCUGAGACUGUGAAAACCCUCCUCUCCUAGCAGGAAUGCUCUUGUCUGGGUCACUGUCGUUGAUUUGUUGAAGGUUUUGUCCUGUGAGUGACCCUGAGACUGUGAAAACCCUCCUCUCCUAGCAGGAAUGCUCUUGUCUGGGUCACUGUCGUUGAUUUGUUGAAGGUUUUGUCCUGUGAGUGACCCUGAGACUGUGAAAACCCUCCUCUCCUAGCAGGAAUGCUCUUGUCUGGGUCACUGUCGUUGAUUUGUUGAAGGUUUUGUCCUGUGAGUGACCCUGAGACUGUGAAAACCCUCCUCUCCUAGCAGGAAUGCUCUUGUCUGGGUCACUGUCGUUGAUUUGUUGAAGGUUUUGUCCUGUGAGUGACCCUGAGACUGUGAAAACCCUCCUCUCCUAGCAGGAAUGCUCUUGUCUGGGUCACUGUCGUUGAUUUGUUGAAGGUUUUGUCCUGUGAGUGACCCUGAGACUGUGAAAACC